CUGGUUGGGACGUGUGCCUGUGAGGCCGCCUCGCGUCCAGGGACGGGGUCACGGGCGUGUCGCCGCCCCUCCGGGGGUGAGAGGGCUGCUGGCCGCGUGAGCGCCCACGCCCUGCUCUUAGUGGCCCUGGGGGUUCUUCGUUAUUUUCUUUUUUAAAAUAUUUUUACUCCUGGGGCCCCACCUAUCUGCUUUCCUUUUCUUCUUAUUCAAUGGUUAACAUUUGCUGUGUUGUUUACUCGAUGAUUCCUGUUUUUCUUGGCCUUUCUCACGUUCCUUAAUCCCCCCCCGCCCCCAUCUUCUCUCCUUCCUAAGGCUUGAUCUCGCCAUUACCCUGUCUCCAGCCUGGCUUAUCAGCCUUAAUUAGUACAAGCUUUUUUUUUUUUUUUUUUUUUCCUUUAACGAAACGUUUUUCUUCUUACUUCAGAUGAUUUCUUUUUCUAGUUUUUAUUAUUCUGAGUGCUUUUGUAAGACCUGAGUCAGUUCUCAGGCCAAUCUCUGAAGGUCGAUCACGAUUUAUUUGCUGAAGGUGACCUCUUCAUAAGCUCAGUGAAGCCGCCAGACAUUGGAGUUGGCCUUCCUUGAGUGUUCUCCCUGUCUGAAGCUCAGAUAAGCACUUCCAUCCAUGGUAGUUAUCCUUGUGACAGGCUUCUGAGAAUUUGUUUUCCCAUCUCCGCAUCCUGCUCUACUGGUAGCACAAGAACGUACCAGACCUUUCGGCUCCUGAUGACAGGAGAUCCAGAUGCCGAGUCAGCUCUGGCUUUCCCUAACUGGUUGCUCUGAGAUGCAGAGUUCUGGCUUCAGCGACAAAGGGGAUGAUACAAAACAGCAUUCUGUCAAGUGAGGGACCAAACAACACCAGAGAGAAUGACGCUCCUGGCCAGAAGCUGGAGGGGGCUUGGCCAAUAAGAAGGAGAAACGACGGAGUUGUGCUUUCUACCUCUGAGAUAGAAAUGUCCGCAGACAGCAGAGCCGCCCAGGCUACCCAGGACAAGGAGAGAGCCCGAGAGGUUCCAGGUCAUGGGCAUCCUCGUCAAGAAAUGCUCUCUGAGUCAGAGGAGACGGUGCCUUUGGGAGCUGCUCAGGAGUCUCCCCACAUCAAGACGGAGCCGGAAGAGCCACAGCCUGAGGGGGCAUCGCAGGGGGCCGGGGCCCGAGGAGAGCAGGGCUGGGUGUCCCUAAGCCAGGGCUCUAAGGACAAAGCUCUUUUCCUGCCCGGAGGAGCCCUCCCCUCCCCCCAGAUCCCUGUGCUCUCUCGUGAGGGGAGGACCAGAGACCGGCAGAUGGCUGCGGCGCUCCUCACCGCCUGGUCCCAGAUGCCGGUGACCUUCGAGGACGUGGCCCUGUACCUCUCCCGGGAGGAGUGGGGGCGGCUGGACCACGCGCAGCAGAACUUCUACAGGGACGUCCUGCAGAAGAGGAACGGGCUGUCCUUGGGGUUUCCCUUCAGCAGACCUUUCUGGGCCUCCCAAGGACAGGGCAAGGGUGAGGCCUCGGGCUCCUGCCGGCAGAUGGGAGAUGAGGAGAAGACAGGAGCCAUUGAGGUGGGGAAGGAGGAGCCGGCCCCAUCCCCGGCAGCCCUCCGGGAGGCGAAGUCCUUCCGAAGCAGGGUGGGGAGAGCGCAGGGGAACGGCCUGCCGCGCGGGCAGCAGGUGGCCAGCGGCCAGAGCUCAGGGGCAGCCAGAGACGAUGCGCAGCCGGGCCCCCCAGACGAGAGGCCGGCGAAACCGGCCCCUCCCGAUGCCAGCCUGGCGAAAGCCCCGGAGGGCCGCCUCCCAGAGAAACCCAGAGAGGGGCGGACGGCCACCCCCGAGGGCAGCGAGGAGGGCCUGGCCCCCGACGGGGACGCGGGCAAGAAGACGUACACGUGCGAGCAGUGCGGCAAGGGCUUCAGCUGGCACUCGCACCUGGUGACACACCGGCGCACGCACACGGGCGAGAAGCCCUACGCCUGCACGGACUGCGGCAAGCGCUUCGGCCGCAGCUCGCACCUCAUCCAGCACCAGAUCAUCCACACGGGCGAGAAGCCCUACACCUGCCCGUCCUGCUGGAAGAGCUUCAGCCACCACUCGACGCUCAUCCAGCACCAGCGCAUCCACACAGGCGAGAAGCCCUACGUGUGCGACCGCUGCGCCAAGCGCUUCACCCGCCGCUCGGACCUGGUCACCCACCAGGGCACGCACACGGGCGCCAAGCCCCACAAGUGCCCCAUCUGCGGCAAGUGCUUCACGCAGAGCUCGGCCCUGGUCACCCACCAGCGCACGCACACCGGGGUCAAGCCCUACCCGUGCCCCGAGUGCGGCAAGUGCUUCAGCCAGCGCUCCAACCUCAUCGCGCACAACCGCACGCACACGGGCGAGAAGCCCUACCACUGCCUCGACUGCGGCAAGAGCUUCAGCCACAGCUCGCACCUCACCGCCCACCAGCGCACCCACCGCGGCGUCCGGCCCUACUCCUGCCCGCUCUGUGGCAAGAGCUUCAGCCGCCGCUCCAACCUGCACCGGCACGAGAAGAUCCACACCACGGGGCCCAAGGCCCUGGCCGUGCUGAUGCUGGGGGCGGCGGGGGCCCUGGCGGCACCCCCGCAGGCUCCCACUUAGGAGGCGGGGGGGUGGGGGGUGGGG